AUGAGUCGAAGUAAAUGGUAUAUUUUGUUAACUGAAGAAAUUCUUUUGCCUAUUUGUUGCAAAUGCAACUCAAAGAUAUCACAAGAAUUAAAAGAUGAAAUUAAUCCAAUUAUUUCUCAAUUUGUUCUUGAACAUUCAUCAGAUGAAAAUCCAAUUGAAAUUGGAUUAAAUGUAAAAACAAUAUUUUCUCUAGGUACUUUAGAAAUUGAAAUAAAAGAAAAUGAUAAUAUUGAAUUACUUGAAAUGCCAAAUUUCAAAAAAACGAAUUUUUAUGUUUUUGUUAAAGUAAUUAUUAAAGAACCAAAUUCUAUUGAACAUGAACCAUUUAUCAAAUCAUUUAAUGAAUUAAUUGAUAAAAUUGAUCAGUCUCAACAAUCUAAAAGUAUUUAUUUUAAUUAA